AAUCGGUGAUAUCGAAUGUUCAACCCUGCCGAUGCAGAGGCAAACAUCUGUGUAUGUGAACGUUAAUAAAUAAAACAGUUUCGAAGAAUUGAAUUGGAGUGCAAUAAGUGAUUGUCAAAGUCAAUCACAUAAUUAAACAUAAGCUGGACCACUCAUAGACCUCAGUUGGCAAAGAAUUUAGUUUAGUAGGAUAUUUUAACAAUUGUUGCCAUGGGAAGCAUUGAGAAGGCUUGCAUUUCUGGGUUUCUGUGUCGCCUUUGCUCCGAAAUGCAUAGGACAGUUAUACAUAUUUACGGUGAUCAGGGUCAGCGGUUAUGUCUAGUUGAGAAAAUCAACGGCUAUCUACCAAUAACUAUUUCUCCAACUGAUCCAUUGCCGAAAACAAUUUGUAAAACUUGUUUGCAUCGUGUCGAACAACAUUAUUCCCUUCUGAUGCGACUUACCCGUAUGCGGGAGGAGCGCAAAUUAAAGUUAUUGGGCUACAAGACACGCGCCGACCUGGACACGACAAGCUCUUCAUUAUCCAGCGUAGAGCUUUCAGAAGACGAAGAGCAGGGAACAACAGGAAAUACAGACGAAGCGACUGGUGGUUCUGCCAAAGAAACAUCUGUAGCCACCAGUUCAGAUCAGCCGACAUCUUCACCUCGAAGUAACACAUCCAAUGAAGUUGCUGCCUCAAGCAUCAGCAGAAGUCAGAUGGAGUCAACUGCUACUUCUACUCCCGCAAACACUACAACAGGGCAGACUACGCAGGAACUUACUCCUAUGCCUUGAAAAACAAUAACAAACAAAAAAAGAUAGACUAAUAACUGUUAAACAAAAUUUUGUUUUGUCUCAUCCAACAAGAAUUACAAGUGUACGUAUUAUGAAUAAUUUAAUAUAAUUAUGUAUGGUA